CAGACAGAGAGAAGGACAGAGAGACAGAGAGUGGACAGGAGCUGAGCCCAUUCCCCACACACACACACACACACACACACACACAGCGUGUCAGGUAGCAGCAACAGGUCAGAGCAACCUUUUCAUUCAUUGAAGCUGGCUGGGCUUAGCAGAGACCCCAGGAUCAUUCUGCUCACUUAAGCCAGAGAAGGAGGGCUGUGUGUGAAGAUUUAAGAAUUAUUGCCUUGCCCUGGCACUGAGGAUACCUCUCACAGUGAUUGUGCCUUGCUGAGGGUUUGUUUUGUUGUUGUUUUGCGGUGGGACAUGCCGAAGAUGUCGGCGGAGCGCAAUCCGAAGCGGAGUGGGCUGAAGCAGCAGGUUGAGGGUUUAGGACUGAGCCAGACCGGCCGCUGCUGCUGGAGCCUGGCGAACGUGCUCUGGCUUCUGCUGUCCGCCUCUUCGCUCGCGUUUUGUGUCAGCCUCAGUGUGAAGACAUCCCAGCUGGAGGAGAGGAUCCUGCACCUGGAGAAUGGCAAAGGAGACACUCUGCCUUACCGUAGCCCCAGCUCAGAGGCAGAUCGGAUGCGGCUGCUCACCCAGGACAGAGUGGAGCAACUUCUGAGCCAGAGAUCCUACGAAGACGCAGGGAAACGCAGAAUUGCAAGGGAAGCACCGACUGCAUGCAACUGCCCAGCAGGUCCUCCGGGAAAGCGAGGUAGAAGAGGUAGGAAUGGAGAACCCGGACCUCCUGGUCCACCUGGUCCAAAAGGUGAAAAGGGUGAUCAGGGAGACCAGGGGCCACGGAUGGCGUUUCCUUACCCAAGAGUCAAUCAUGGGUUCCUGUCGGCUGAUCAGCAGUUUAUUAAGCGACGUCUCAUGAAGGGUGAUCAAGGUCAAGCUGGGCCACCUGGCCCACCGGGACCUCCUGGUCCUCCAGGCCCACGUGGUCCUCCAGGUGACACAGGAAAGGAUGGUCCUCGGGGAAUGCCAGGAGCACCUGGGGAAAUUGGACCAAGAGGUGAAACUGGAUUCAUGGGACCCCAGGGACCACCAGGACAAAAGGGUUCAAUAGGAGUCACUGGUGUUCCAGGCUUCCACGGACAAAAGGGUGAUUCUGGGAAGGAUGGUGAUCCAGGCCCCAAGGGUGAGAUUGGAGAUCGUGGCGAAAAGGGUGAUGUUGGGAAACCAGGACUAAAAGGUGACAAAGGAGUAAAGGGUGAAGCAGGAUUUUGGGGACCUCAGGGAGAACCCGGGCUGCCUGGGUUACCAGGAACAAAGGGAGAGAAAGGAGAUGGAGGGCCACCAGGAAGAGGUGAAAUAGGCCAGCCUGGACCUUCAGGCCCAAAGGGGGAGCCAGGUGAACUGGGGAUGCCAGGCCGUUAUGGAGCAAAGGGUGACCGUGGAGACCCUGGGGAUUCAGGGCCAAUGGGACCCAGAGGGCCACCUGGGCAGAAAGGAGAACAAGGGGUAACUGAGAUAAUAGACUACAACGGCAAUAUCCAUCAAGCACUCCAGAGGAUCACCACCUUAACAGUGACGGGACCACCAGGGCCUCAAGGAUCUCCAGGAAUGCCAGGACCAAAGGGAGACAUGGGUAAUCCUGGGCUUCCUGGAGCUGAGGGAAGACAGGGUCCUAAAGGUUCAAAAGGUGACACUGGUGUUGCAGGAGAUAAAGGAAGCAUUGGUUUACCUGGAUUACCUGGUGUUAAUGGAGAAAAGGGAGAGAAAGGAGAGAAAGGAGACCAUGGGCCAUCUGGUCCAAAAGGCGCUUCAAUUGUAGGACCCCCAGGACCCACUGGCUCACAAGGCCCACCGGGUCCAAUGGGGCCACACGGACUUCCAGGACCUAAGGGUGAACCGGGGUUGAAUGGUGUUAAAGGAGGGAAGGGUGAACCAGGUCAAAAAGGUGACAGAGGACCCCUUGGUCUCCCAGGUGCAUCUGGCUUAGAUGGACAGCCAGGACUGCGGGGUCUGGAUGGUCCAAUGGGUCCUGCGGGGCCAGCUGGCCCAAAGGGAGAUAGGGGUGAAAAAGGUGCAGUUGGUAACCCAGGCCUAAGGGGACCCACAGGUUUGCCUGGAAUUGAUGGAGAUCCAGGGUUAGAUGGUUUCUCUGGUCCUAAAGGAGAUAGAGGAGAAAGGGGAGAAAAGGGUCUCCGAGGCAAUAAGGGGGAAAAAGGGGAGCCAGGUCAACCUGGCCUGGAUGGGCUGGAUGCCCCUUGCCAAUUGGUACAGUAUUCUUUUUCCUACCAACCCUGCAUGAUGUCUUUAAUGAGGCAAUCAGUCAUAAUGCAAAGCAGUGGUUGA